AUGGGCCGUCUGGAAUCGCGCUUCUUCGUCGACGACGGCUGCUGGAAAGAUGCUCCCGUACUGACAGGCCAAACAUGUUUCGAACCAUUGCCGGAUGUUCGCAACAUACUGGUGACGGGAGGAGAAGGCUUCAUUGCCUCAUGGUUGGUCCGACAUUUAGUCACCAAGUACGCCGACUUCUACAAUGUCGUCUGCUUCGAUAAGCUGGACUACUGCAGUUCUCUGAACAACUCGCGCAUGCUCGAGGGACGACGGAAUUUCCGCUUCUUCCACGGUGAUAUUACCAAAGAAUCCGACGUGCUCAAGUGUUUGGAAAUGUACCAAAUCGACACCAUUUUCCAUCUGGCGGCGCAGAGCCAUGUGGACUUGAGUUUUGGCAACUCCUUCACUUUCACCCACAAUAAUGUCGUGGGUACGCAUGUGCUGCUCGAGAGUGCGAGAGUCAUGAAGACGAUCAAGAGGUUCUACCACAUCUCCACAGACGAGGUGUAUGGAGAGGUUCCCAAAGGGGAGGCAGAGUUGCACGAGGACAGUCCACUGCAUCCCACGAAUCCCUACUCUGCAAGUAAGGCUUGUGCCGAGAUGAUGGUGAGGGCGUAUGUGAAGAGUUACGAGUUGCCGGUGGUGAUGAUUCGAUUGAACAACGUGUACGGUCCGCACCAGUUUCCAGAAAAAAUCAUCCCCAAAUUCAUCAAUCUCCUCCAACGUAACAAACCUCUCUACAUCCACGGCAAAGGCGACAACUCUCGCCGCUAUCUCCACGCGGGCGACGCAGCCGACGCCUUCGACACCAUCCUCCACAAAGGCAGCAUUGGCGAAAUCUACAACGUCGACUCGAAGGACGAGAUCGAAAAUCUCCACUUGGCCAAAAAGCUCUGCGCAGCAUUUGGUAUCGGAGAAGAAGGCUUUGAAAGUCGCAUCCAAUACACGCGCGACCGGCCUUUUAAUGACUGUCGGUAUGCAGUCAAUGGGGACAAAUUGGCGGCGCUGGGAUGGAAGCAACGAGUCGCGUUUGAAGAUGGUUUGGCGCAGUGCGUGGAUUGGUAUCGGAAGUAUUCGACGUGGUGGGGGGAUAUCGCGAAUAUUCUGACUCCAUUUCCGGAAAUCAGCAGAGGUGUUGAUAAAGCGGUUGGAAAUGGAGGUGGUCUUGAAGCAGAAGCAGGAGGAAGAGGAGGAGGAUUCUCAGGGGGACCCCCUGCUGUGCAGUUGCAGCAGCAGCAGCAGCAGCAGCAUGUCGUGCAGGCCGAGGUUGGCGCGGAGCCUUAUAAUCCGUCGUGUGCAGGGAAGAAGCUGGUGAAUGGUUUCGUCGGUAAGAAACGCAAGGCGGACGCAUUAGAUGAGGUGGAGUUACUGGAGUAG